AAUGUGUUUCUAUAAUUAGAUUCGGAUAUGCCUCCUUAUCUAUUAUUUAGUCACAUUCCAACCCAGACAGAUAACCAAAAGCAGUAGCUUGUUUGCAUACACUCGAGGAAGCAGAGAAGCAAAAGAGAGGAGAAUGGGGAAAGACAAGAUUCCACGCCCGGUGUUUAACAAUCCCUUCCUCAACAUCAUCGUUAACCCUGAUGAUGGCACUGUCAAACGUGACCCUGAAAUCCGUAACCCCUCAAAUUCUGAUCCCAACGGCACUUCCGCCGUUAUCAGCAAGGACGUUACCCUCCACCCUCACAACAAGACGUGGAUGCGCCUCUAUCUUCCUCGCCAGGCCAAAGCCGCUGCUUCCCCUGCAAACCGUAGGAAGCUGCCCCUCGUAGUUUACUAUCACGGCGGCGGCUUCGUCUUUUGUAACGCGGAUACCAAUCUUUACGACGUGUUCUGCCAGGGACUGGUGGAAAACGUCGGAGUCAUGGUUAUCUCGCUGGACUACCGCCUGGCCCCCGAACACCGCCUUCCUGCGGCUUACCAAGACGCCAUGGACGGCUUGCACUGGAUCAAAUCCGCCCGAGAUGAGUGGGUUAGGGAUUAUGCUGAUCUCGACAACUGUUACCUGGCCGGGACCAGUGCCGGCGGAAACUUGGCUUACAACGCCGGCUUGCUUGCAGUCUCUGCGGCGAAGGACCUGGAGCCGUUGAAAAUCAAAGGGAUGAUACUGCAUCAUCCAUAUUUCAGUGGGACCAAGAGAACCGGGUCGGAGCAGAGGCUGGCCCGCGACUCGCUCUUGCCCCUCUACGCCAUUGAUCAGAUGUUUGAUUUGAGUUUGCCUGAAGGGGCUGAUCAUGAUCACGAGUACUGUAACCCGUUGAUCAAUGGAGGGUCAAAGCUCGUUGACCUCAUGAAGUCAUCGGGUUGGCGGGUCUUGGUCACGGGUUGCUUCGAUGACCCGUUGGUCGACGCGGGUAUGGAGUUUGCUAAGAUGCUGGACGCCAAGGGGGUACGGACCGUGACGUUCUUGAGCGAUGGGUAUCAUGCAAUGGAGGUUUUUGAUCCAUCUACGUCUGGCCCAUUUUAUGCAGCUGCCAAGGAUUUCCUGUCCACAAACUAACUACUUGUUGGGAAUUUUUUUUUUCCCUUUUUUUGGGCUUUAAAUGGAAAAAAACAAGACAAGUAGGUUGGGAAAAAUUCGUGCUUGUUUUAAGUUGGUGUACAUCCAUUACUGAUGCUUUUUACUUGUGUGUGGAUUUCCUUGUGUAUUUUAAUUCUGAAUUUCGACUUUUAAGUUCCCAAUUUUCAUCUAUUA